UUGGUCCAAAAAUUAUUCAAAAAAGCAACCAUUGAAAAAAAAGAAAAUCACAAAAACUGUUUCAAAUUACAAUUAAAAUUUGACUGCGGAUUAAAAUUAAACAAAAUGUGUAUAGACAACAUUUGGAUUAUUUGGACUCUAACUUUCCUCAUUUUAAUUUUCCAAACACGAGCUAGUUUUGAAAAUGAGGCUUUGGAUUCUCAUAACAAAUACCGUUCUAAACAUGGCUGUCCUUCACUGUCACUCGAUUCAGGAUUAAAUAGCGAUUGUAAAAGUUAUGCAAAGGAACUAGCUGAUUUAGAUACUCUCAAGCAUUCAGAAGGCCCAUAUGGUGAAAAUCUUUGCUAUACAAGCCUAGAUCCUGUAACUUGUGUCAAAGACUGGUAUGACGAAGAAAAGGAUUACAAUUAUGACAAAGCACAAUACUCACCUAGUACUGGUCACUUUACGCAGCUAAUUUGGAAGUCUUCAAAGACGUUGGGCAUUGGUACUUAUAUCAAUUCUAAGGGUAUCAGUUUCGUUGUUGCACGAUACAAGCCACAAGGUAAUAUGGCGGGCGAGUUUAAAGAAAAUGUUCCUAAGCCCAAUCGGUCUAGAUCAUUACAUAACUAUUCCAAGUAUCUUAUUUAUUCUUCAGUUAUUCUAAUAAUCUGUGGACAAAGCUCACAAUGAUUGAAUGUGCAGCCAUUUUAAAAACUGCUUGGUCGUGUCUGGAAAAUGUUAACGAGGACUAAAAUUUUACCUUAUUGAUGUUAAAUUUCGUACAAGUGUAAAAAAUAUUUUAAACUAUCAGCUCGCAUAAAAAAGUUUUUGGUAAGGCAAAAGACCAAAUUUUAUGUGUUUUUCUAUGCACAAUUAAUAACUAAGAAAUAUUGAAAUCAAAUUAAAAUUAUUUUUAUUUUCGUAAAGAAAUAAAGAAAAUCAACUGUAAUAUCUCCACUAACACGUUUUAGUGGGCAUAAUCAUUUGUGUUACUAGUAAAUUUUCAAUGCGAGC